AUGCCUCGUAGAAAGCGUGAAGAAAGUUUGGAGUUGGAAGAGGAGCGUCGAGAAGCACCUGAUGGCCCUGCAACGCCUACAUCAGAAGAAUCUGAAGGAGGAUUUGGAUCUGUAUGGGAUUCUGUGAAUCGCAAGCCUGUCGGCAUCGAAGCCUUGGACCUUACCCAUUCCUACGUACAAUAUCUUAAGGUUGAAAAGCCCGUUGAUGCUCAGAAUGAAGAAAAACAAGUGAUGGCGCUGGAGAAGACUUCAACACACCUUUGGAAAAAGCCCGAGGUAGCUGAGCCGCCAGUUGACAUUGAAGGUCAAAUCCAACGUUGCUUUGAGCGAAUUGAGGAGGGAAUCAUGCCGCAGCUAUUUGAAUCAAGGUUGUUGAAGCUUGAAAAGGACAGACUGGAGAUCCAAAUCCAGAAACGCAACGAGGAUCCUUUCCUAUGCCCCGCGGUUCGCAAGCGAGUGAGCACAUUAGAACAACUUUGGGACAUAGUUCGGAGAAAGGGAGAUAAAGACAAGCAACUGGUCAAUAUUGAAGCUGUUUUGGAUGCAUAUAGAUCAGGCAAGCUGACCUGGACUGGGCUUGUUACCUAUUGGUCAAAUGGCAAUAAACUCUGUGAACCUCGACCAUUUAGCUGGGACGAAUUUGAGACGAUUAACAAAUAUUAUGAUGGAAAUCAAUCAUUCUGGACUGAAGGGCUUGAUGGACCGGGACCUGAGUCUGCAAAGUAUCGAUUCAUCGUGCCCGCGUCGCCCUUUCACCCCUUUUUGAAUACUUAUAACGUUAUGGUACGGCUUCCCGGCGUGGAUUGGUGGGAAGAAUUUACAUUCUUAUACGACACUGGAUCAACUAUGUGCAGGCUCUUCGAGGAUGAUCUACGUCAGCUCCAAGGACACUGGAAUGUCAGAGACCCAGGCCAUAAUAUCCCUCUUAUGGGCACAGUACUAGCAGAAGAGCACUCGAGCUUCACUGGGGAUAGGGUCGUCAUGGUUGAAGUUGCCCUGAGGCAUCCUGGCAUUGAAGAUACUCGCCUCACCCCCUGGGUCAGGAUUCAGUGUGCAGUGACUGAUGGAAAUUGUCCAACCGAUUCGCCCAGAAGACUCGACGGGCCCUGGAUACGCUAUUUCAUGCAUACUCUAACGGAGCCCAAUGGAAGAAACGAGCUCUAUUUCGACACCCAGAACCGUUGGUGGCGACGGGGCUCAUCUGAGAUCCCUCUAGGUCAGCGGCGGCUUCCACGACUGGAUAGGUAUGGGGGCACAGAUCAAGAUGUUAACAUCCAGCCAGCUCCAUGGAAUCCGCCCCUCCCAGAGGCUGAUCCACAACUGCCAGCGUAUUCAGAAUUGCACCCACCCGGAGGAGUAGGACCUCCGCUUUCAGAUGAGUACUUACGAUCUCGUGCGGAUUUACCUCUCAAGAAAUCGCCGCCGAAUACAUACCGCUGGUCCUUGGGUACCCCCACUGCCGAUUGA